AUGGCGACCCCUGAGAGUCUUGGCCGACUCAAGGACGUGUGGGAGUCUUGCAAGGCUCAGGAUGAUCAGAAGGCAGCACUUAUUGAAGAAUUAUUUAAAACCAUUGAAAAUCAGUCUCGUCGGCUUGAGAUCAGCAACUCACUUCUUGACCAGGCUCAGAAGGAGAAGUGGGAGCUCAUUCAUAAACAAUUGAGCGUUCCAUUUCAAGGACGCCCAAUUAACAAGACGCAGUUUCUAGAUGAGUUCGUCCGACAAGGCACGGCCGGCGGCAAAAGAGCUGCACAGGCGCUCAAGGAAGCCAUCAAGGCCCAGUGGCCUGCCUACUCUCGCCGAGCAAUCAUCACCCAUAUCUAUGCCAACAUGCGCGGUCUAGGAGCCACUUACGAGGGCAACGGCGUUGUAUCGAGUCUUCUAGACUGGUACGCGUUUGUCUCUGGGUUCAACAUUGUCGACCCAAUGUUCGACUACCUCGAUGCUGGCAGCGGCAAGGAAUGCGCAGAUUAUAAAAUUAAAACUGUCUUCCAACAUCACUUUGACAAUGUUCACUGCAGGAGAAUCAUUUUAGGAGCUUCAGCCGACAACGGAUACGCUCGUCUCCUCGGUAAGUACGCUGGAGACAAGGACUCUCAAGAAAGGAUUGCCCUCAUCGAAGGGCCCAGCUUUGCCCGAGAACUUAAGGAAAUUGCCGACCAAUUUGAGACCUGCUCUUUUGUCAACGUGUUUGCAAGUCAAACACUUCACAAGCCGUCCUUCCCCCGCAUCUCGCUACCAACUAUCCAGCCUAUCCCUGAUAAUGGCUUCAGGCCUCAGAAACGACGCCGUUCGACAUCUCCCAUCGAGGCCUCACCCAUCCUUCGGAACAAAAACGGUGAUCGAGUCGAUCCACCCCUACCAGUCUUUUCAAACGAAGCCUAUCAACAAGUCAGAGGCUGGAAGCUCUGCAACAACUUUUAUCUACUUGGGAAAUGCGCCGCCCCAGGAACAUGCAUUCACGAUCACGAAAAGGUGCUGACCAGCGACCAGAAGGAUGCCCUUCGCUCCAUCUGCCGAGGGUUACCGUGCCGUAAUGGGUUGAAGUGCGACGACCCGCAUUGCAUUGCCGGGCACUCCUGCCGUUAUCCGGUUUGUGUUCGCCCAGACUGUCGGUUUCCCCCUGAAAUGCAUGGCGUGGACACCAAGGCUGUGUCCCAGCCGAAUGAGUAUGAUUUCAGAACAAAUUGGCCACCAGCGUGGAACUAA